AGACAAUUUUACACUCCGUACCCGCGUCUUUACUUAAUAAUACACAGACGACAUGCCCGAACAGGAUAAUUACGAUGAUGAGCUGGUUUCCAGUAAUCCAAAUCAACGGAAUUGGCGUGGGAUACUUAUUGCCUUGCUGGUCAUAACAAUAGUUUUAGCUUUAAUUGUAACAUCUGUGGUACUGCUCACCCCACCCGACGAGGGUCCUAGAGUCAAAGGCCAGCGUCUCAAGUUACAGGAAAUCGUUGAUGGCGCAUUUAUGCCUCAGAAAUCCAAUGGCACCUGGAUAAAUGAAGAAGAAUUCCUUUAUCAGGACCAUUGGGGACGCAUUUGUCUUUUGAAUGUUGCCAAUCUAACAGAACGUGUCUUAAUGUCAAAUGUUACAUUUAAAACUUUAGCGCCGUAUUCAUUUAGCAUUUCGGCGGAUAAACGAUAUUUGAUGGUGUCGCAGAAUGUUAUCAAAUUAUUCCGUCACUCAUUUUUGGCUCAGUACACACUGUUUGACAUUCAAACGAGUGAAAGUAUCAAAUUGAAAAUCGAUGGCAGUGACGAUGAAUGGCCCUAUUUGCACUUCGCUCGUUUUACGCCCCACAACAAUGCCAUCGUUCUAGUUUACAAUUACGACAUUUACUACUGCCAGGGGGCGCGGUCACAAUUUGUUCAUCGUAUAACUCGCGAUGCCAUACCGGGUGUUGUCUUCAAUGGCAUACCCGACUGGCUGUAUGAAGAAGAAAUUCUAAAUGCCAAUAAUGCAAUUUGGCUAUCACACGAUGGCCAUAUGAUGUUGUAUGGCUCGUUCAAUGAUUCGAUGGUACAAGAACAACAUUUCGCCUGGUAUGGGACCACCAGCAGUAAUGGUCGCAGUCCAUCGACCACCUCUUCAGGUGCUGGCAGUCAUCCAAAUGCUAAUUUAUAUCCGGAAAUACGUUCAUUGCGAUAUCCCAAGCCUGGAACUCAAAAUCCAGCUAUAACACUUCGAGUGGUUGAUCUAAAAGAUCCGGAAAAAUUACACAGGGAUGUUCAGCCGCCAAAUAUACUUCAAAAUGAAGAGUAUUAUUUCACCAGCGCCAAUUGGGUUAGCGAAUCCGAAAUCAGUGUGGUAUGGCUAAAUCGACCACAAAAUAUUUCCGUUGUAAGCGUAUGCAAAGCUCCCAUGUUUGUGUGUGUUGAGACACAUCGUGUUAGCGGUGAUGGUCGUGGCUGGGUCGAUACGGUCUCUGUUCCCCUUUUCGCUGCCGAUGGUACAUCCUACAUCUCCAUAUCACCGUUGCGUGAUGGCAAUUCGGGAUAUUUCCGUCAUAUCGUGCACGUUAAUGUGGCCAAAAAGCGUGUCUUACCCCUGACACAUGGCCAGUAUGAGGUGAAACAACUCCUGCAUUGGGAUCAAGUUAACAACUGGAUCUAUUUCCUUGGUAUCCCAGAGAGAUUACCCUCCCAACAACAUUUGUACAGAGUAUCAGCGGUGCCGCCACGCCAUGGCUCACCUUUGUUUGCUCCCGAAUGUAUAACCUGUCCGACACCCAAAAAUGCCGAUGGUUCGUAUAAUUACGAGGCCCACACAAAGCCACCACCAAAAUUGGUUACCGCCUGGGAUGAUGAUUGGGAAAAUUCCGAAGAAACUCCAGCUGUGGCAAGUCCUGCAUUACCGUUGGAACAAAAACACCCAAAGGCGGCCAAAAUUGCCGAGGCUGCCAGUGAAUGUCUGUAUCACAAUGCCAAAUUUCCACCCAGUUAUCAGGCGAAAUUUGUUCUCAUCGAUUGUUUGGGUCCUGUGGUGCCCACCUCAAGUAUUUACAUAUUGAAUUCUGGCACAACGGAACAGAACGCCAAUAGCAAUGGUCAGAGCAAUGGAAAUGCUAAACCACGUCUACCCUUGGAACUGCUGGUGACAAUACAAAAUAACACCCGGUUAAAGGAGAAAAUGGCACGAACUGCCAUGCCUCAAGUCAAAACAUUCCCCGUUAUGAUAUCUGGAGGCUAUCAUGCCCAAGUAAGGCUCUAUUUGCCACCAGUGCUAAGGGAAGACGAAAUAACCAAAUAUCCAACCAUACUGCAUGUGUAUUCGGGUCCUGGUACCCAAUUGGUGACAGAUAAAUGGCAUGUGGAUUGGAAUACCUAUUUGGCGGGAAACAAGGAUUACAUAGUCAUAGAAAUUGAUGGACGAGGUUCCUCGGGCCAGGGCUAUCAAUUGUUGCAUGAAGUCUACAAACGUUUGGGUACCGUUGAGGUGUCCGAUCAACUAGAGGUUAGUGAAUAUCUGAGGGAUAAUUUGCAUUUCAUAGAUGGUCGACGUAUGGGUGUAUGGGGUUGGAGUUAUGGUGGUUAUACUGCAGCAUUGGCCCUGGCGGGAACUCAAUCGAUUUUCCAGUGUGGCAUUAGUGUUAGUCCGGUGACCAAUUGGAAAUUAUAUGACUCCACCUAUGCCGAACGAUAUUUAAGUUUUCCCAAUGUCACCGACAACUAUAAGGGCUACGAAGAAGGUGAUCUCUCCAAAUAUGUGGACAAUUUAAGGGACAAACAAUUCCUCUUGAUUCAUGGCACCGCUGAUGACAAUGUCCAUGUGCAGCAGUCGAUGGUGCUGGCGCGAGCUCUCACCAAUAAAGGUGUCCUCUAUAAACAACAAAUUUAUCCCGACGAGGGCCAUCAGCUGUCAGGUGUUAAACGACAUCUUUAUCGUUCCAUGACUGCUUUCUAUGAGGAGUGUUUUAAGAAAUUGGUCCCACCUGAAUCAAAGGCCGGAUUGGGAAAUGGUGGUGAUAAUCAACCGCAAUAAAUCUUUCGAUAAGGAACACCAUGAGCAUGGAGUAAAGAAGGUUGCACCCACCAACAAAACUUCAAUUUAUUACUGAAAUUUGUGUUAUAACAA